AUGGCUUCUACUAUGGCGGCCAAUGCAACCGGCGUACACAACGUACGAUCGAAUCGAGGUGGCAACAUGGGUUCAUCUGGCAUGAACAAUGAUCGUUCGCAUGGAUCUCACGGUAACAGCGUGGGCAAGGGAUUCAGUGGCAAAUCAACCUGGAACAAUACCAUCUGGGGCGAUUCAAACCUAGGUGGUGGCUUUGCAGACGAACAAAACAUGGCUGAGACGGCGUUUGGAGGAAAGUCAGGCUCAGGCUCCCUGCUGUCGACAUCUGAGUCGGAUGGCUGGGUUGGUCGCCCCAACCUUCCCUGGAGUACGGUGAACUCAUCUCUGGCGAUGAGCCAGAACCGUACCAUGGCCACCUCGCCAAUUCAGACUCGUGCGAAUGAUCGUAGUGCGCCCGCCAUGAACGAUGCGCCCGACUCUUCCUACUUCCUCCCCCGCAGUUCAGGGAUCACGAACCCUGCAAACACAGUGAGCCAUCGCCCAUACCUCAACUCGGGUUCAGAGGGAGUUUCUCCAUCCGGGGAUGGAAUGACAUUUGGCGGGUUUCCUGCUCUGCGCAAUGGAGACGGAAGACGCCAGAUGAGUUCGUCUGGCCUGAGUGGCAGCCCUGUAGGCACCCAAUUUCCAGUGAAGUCUGGGUACAACGGAUCAAUGGAUGGUUCGCGGGCUGAUGAGAUGGCUGCCAACAUCGCCAUGACAUCGCUGCCUUCUGCUCUCCCAGACGGUCUAUCUCCCCCUCAGACCCGCACCUCUCUGUCACACAUCCCCCACAACUCCGCCUCUUAUGCUCAACGACCAGCGCACUCCGCUCACCCCUCUUUCUACUCUGAUAACCACAGUGUCGACGGUCGCUACAAUGGUGGAUCCAUCGAUCUCUCAGCUGGAUUCAACAAGCUUCAAUUGAACGACGGUGGCUUCGUUUCGCAAGGCUCAGCUCAACGACCGCAGUUCGUACCGCACGCCUCCUUUGAUGGCACUAUGCCGCGUAACAAGUACCAGAAUGAGGAUGGUGGCUACCAAUCCUUGGCUGGAUAUGGCGAGAGUGCCCAAGAGAUGCACCUCGCAUACCAAGCCCGCGCUCGCGGUGCUGAGACUGGUUCGAUCUCACCUUCUGACUAUGCUCGGAUGGAUAGCCCCCUCUAUGGUGGUGUGGAUGCCUCAGCUCAAUACCGCAAUGCCGGUGCGCGUAUGCCCGACAACCAGGUUGCAGCCUUCGAACGUCGCCUGCGCAAUCUUCAAGAGCAAGAGUUUGCUCAAGGCCAGGGUAACUCCCUUCAGCGCAUGCAGAUGCCACCCGCAUACGACUACUCCAACUACCAGAAUGCUGCUCGACUGAACGCGAUCCAAGGCUUCUACCCAAUGGCGCAGCUCGGAGCAAUGAAUGGAGCAGCCGCUCUCGCAUCUCGCGUACACCGUGACCACGACCCGUCUCAAGUUGUUCGCAGCCCGCUUCUGGAGGAAUUCCGUGCCAACAGCAAAGGCAACAAGCGAUACGAGCUGAAGGAUAUCUACAACCACGUGGUUGAAUUUAGCGGAGACCAGCACGGCUCACGAUUCAUUCAGCAGAAGCUGGAGACCGCGAACAGUGAUGAGAAGGAGCAAGUGUUCCGCGAGAUCCAACCCAACUGCUUGCAGCUGAUGACUGAUGUCUUCGGCAAUUACGUCGUCCAGAAGCUCUUCGAGCAUGGCAACCAGACACAAAAGAAGAUCCUCGCAAAUCAGAUGCGUGGACACGUGCUUGCUUUGUCAACACAGAUGUAUGGGUGUCGUGUCGUGCAGAAGGCUCUAGAGCACAUUCUCACUGAUCAGCAAGCUGCCAUGGUGAAGGAGCUCGAGAACCACGUUUUGAAAUGUGUGCGUGACCAAAACGGUAAUCAUGUCAUCCAGAAGGCCAUCGAGCGUGUGCCGUCGCAGUACGUGCAGUUUAUCAUCAACGCCUUCCGUGGCCAAGUCAACCGCCUGGCUGCCCAUCCAUAUGGUUGCCGCGUCAUCCAGCGCAUGCUUGAGCAUUGUGAAGAGGUUGACCGUGAAUCUAUUCUGGCAGAACUUCACGCUUGCACUUCGAACCUUAUUCCUGACCAGUUUGGCAACUACGUUAUUCAACACGUGAUUGAGAAUGGGGACGAGAAGGACCGCAAUCGCAUGAUUAUCAUUGUCAUGUCUCAGCUACUUGCCUACUCUAAGCACAAGUUUGCUAGCAAUGUCGUGGAAAAGAGCAUCGAGUUUGGUGAAGAAAGCCAGCGUCGUCACAUCAUCUCCACCCUUACCUCUCCCAACGACCGUGGCGAGAGCCCUCUGCUCGGCUUGAUGCGAGACCAGUAUGGCAACUAUGUCAUCCAAAAGGUUCUUGGCCAGCUGAAGGGUGAAGAGCGCGAGGCUCUCAUCGACCAGAUCAAGCCCCUACUCAGUCAACUGAAAAAGUUCAGCUACGGCAAGCAGAUCGUGGCUAUUGAGAAACUGAUCUUCGACCCAAACUGCCCUCUGUCUCACACCACCUCUACCACUCCUCCCAACUCUCACAAAUCCUCCCCUCAGCCCUCUAAGCGGUCGAUCACUAUGGAACAGACUCGUGCUCCAUUUGUUGGCACUGCCCCGCCUACCCCUCCUCCGACGGACAACCAGAACACCGUCGAUGGCUCUCUCGAAUCCAAGAGCCUUGCUAAGAGCACUGUGACUUCGGUGUCCAGUCCCGAGACGAGUGACACUGGUGUUCCCGUCUCGGUCGAUGUCACCAGCGCUCACUAA